CCCACAGAAGGCCUGAGGAAGCGGGGAGUGUGACAGCAGCUCUGACUCAGUGGCUGACACAAGGGGUGCCAGGUCUGGGCUCUGCCACCCUGCAACCCUGUCUGCACACCAUCUUACAGACCCACCUCGGGGCAGGGGGAGCCCACAUCAUGGCCUGGGGGCGUGUGGAUCCCUGAGAUUUGAUUGUGUCAGUGCUGAGAACCACAUGGGACAGGCUGGGAUCUGGGGUCCCGGUGCCGGGGGCGAAUCAAGAGUCGUCUGAAGGCAGAACCAGUGGAUGUGGGUGCGGGCUGGGCACUCAGGGAGGGCAGGUUUCUGCCAGGGGAGCUGUGGCAGGGGAAGAGCUGGACAGGAGAGGGCUUUCGUUAGGGCUCCUAUGAGUGAGUGGAAACUGAAGACAGAUCUCUAGUCUGGAAAGACUGGAAACCCAAUGGCCAGGAGUGAGCUGGCUCAUCAUGGGGCAGCCGGACCUGCUUCUCUCUCUGCAUGCUGACUUCCUCGGAACAGUCACCCUCCAUCAGGAAGGACACUAAUCCAUUUGUGAGAGCCCCACCCACCUGACCACAUCUAAACCCAGUCACCUCCUAAUAUUAUCACUGGAGUGGGCUUCAACAGAGGAAUUCAAUCUGUAACAGCAAGUCGAGUGGAAAAAGAUUAGGAAGCUUUUAUCUACAGUUGGUUCCCACAAGCUGCGGGCCUCCCUCUUCGCUUGGCCUCCCAGGAACCAGCCUCGUCUCCUGCUCUGACCUGCACAUCUGGCUGUGAUAUGGGCCUCGUUUUCACUGUGGCCCAGCGAUCUCCCGCUGACCUUCAGAGGGCUGCAUCCCCAGUCUCUGCCCAUUGUUUCCCCGGGGACAUGCGGGGCUCAUGUUCUCUGGCCAGAGCUGCGUCUCCAUCUGCCUGGCCCUGUGCUCCCAGCCAUGGAUGCAGCAGAAUCCAUCUACCGCCGUGGAGCCAGAAGAUGGCGAAAGCUGUACCGCGCCAACGGCCACCUCUUCCAGGCCAAGCGCUUUAACAGGAGAGCGUACUGCGGCCAGUGCAGCGAGAGGAUAUGGGGCCUCGCGAGGCAGGGCUACAGGUGCAUCCACUGCAAACUACUGGUCCAUAAGCGCUGCUACGUGCUCGUCCCAUUGACCUGCAGCAGGCAUAUGGAUUCCGUCAUGCCUUCCCAGGAGCCUGCAGUGGAUGACAAGAGCGAUGACGUGGACCUUCCCUCCGAGGAGAGCGAUGGAAUUGCUUAUAUUUCUUCAACCCGGAAACAUGACAACAUUAAAGAUGAUUCUGAGGACCUCAAGCCAGUCAUCGACGGGAUGGACGGGAUCAAGAUAUCUCAGGGGCUCGGGCUGCAGGACUUCGACCUGAUCAGGGUCAUCGGGCGCGGGAGCUACGCCAAGGUCCUGCUGGUGCGGCUGAAGAAGAACGACCAGGUCUACGCCAUGAAGGUGGUAAAGAAGGAGCUGGUCCAUGACGAUGAGGAUAUUGACUGGGUACAGACAGAGAAGCACGUGUUUGAACAGGCAUCCAGCAACCCUUUCCUGGUCGGCUUACACUCCUGCUUCCAGACAACAAGUCGGUUGUUCCUGGUCAUCGAGUACGUCAACGGGGGCGACCUCAUGUUCCACAUGCAGAGGCAGAGGAAGCUGCCCGAGGAGCACGCCAGGUUCUAUGCUGCUGAGAUUUGUAUCGCACUCAACUUCCUACAUGAGAGAGGGAUUAUCUACCGGGACCUGAAGCUGGACAAUGUCCUCCUUGACGCUGACGGCCACAUCAAACUGACAGACUACGGCAUGUGCAAGGAAGGCCUGGGCCCUGGUGACACGACAAGCACUUUCUGCGGAACCCCGAACUACAUCGCCCCCGAAAUCCUGCGGGGAGAGGAGUAUGGGUUCAGUGUGGACUGGUGGGCGCUGGGUGUGCUGAUGUUCGAGAUGAUGGCAGGCCGCUCCCCCUUCGACAUCAUCACCGACAACCCUGACAUGAACACUGAAGACUACCUUUUCCAAGUCAUCCUGGAGAAGCCCAUCCGGAUCCCCCGGUUCCUCUCUGUCAAGGCCUCCCACGUGUUGAAAGGAUUUUUAAACAAGGACCCCAAGGAGAGGCUCGGCUGCCGGCCGCAGACUGGAUUUUCCGAUAUCAAGUCUCAUGCCUUCUUCCGCAGUAUAGACUGGGACCUGCUGGGGAAGAAGCAGGCCCUCCCGCCCUUCCAGCCGCAGAUCACAGACGACUAUGGCCUGGACAACUUCGAUACGCAGUUCACCAGCGAGCCGGUGCAGCUGACCCCUGACGACGAGGACGUAAUCAAGAGGAUCGACCAGUCGGAGUUUGAAGGGUUCGAGUACAUCAACCCACUGCUGCUGUCCACCGAGGAGUCCGUGUGAGGCACCGCGCUUUCGUCGUGGACGCGUGGAUGGCACUGGCCCUGGCCCUGACCCCUGCGCAUGCAUGCGGGGCCGGGCGUGGGCGGGUGCCCAGGGCAGAACAGCCUCCCCGUGCAGCCCGUGGGCCUCAGGCCCAGAGGAACUUUCUUCUCGCGCCUGCGCCGCGGGGGCCGCGGCGACCGUGUCCAAGGGAAAAACUGCCCCCAACUUCGAAGGUGCACACUUUCCACAGAAGCAGAACUGACCUGCUCCACCGGGAGUUGGCCUGUAAUGUCCCGAGGAAUAAAGUGUCCCUCUGAUGCUGGCGCUUCCCUCUGAUGCCUUUUUUCCGCGGGGGUCACCCGCCCAUAGUCGCAGGCGCGGCCCACGCGGAGGAGGCACGUCCGGAAUGUAAGUGCCUGCGCAGUGGAGAGUUUAUACAAAUUCGGAACAUUUUCUAAAUCCUGGUAAGUUCCUGUUGUUAAUAUUUAACAAGUAUUUUCAUACCGAGCAUGUCAGCAGCUCCUGUGGUCUGACGCCCAGGUCACACCUUCACCAGGUGGGCUCCAUUGGUCCCAACCCGGGCCUUAGACUGACCAGGAAAAUUGGGUCAUAGAGGUUCUAAAACAAGGCUCACCAAAGCACCCGCAAACC